GCGGCCAACGAUUCGGCGGAUGCCCAUGGAUCAUCAUCCUCAUCAGACCAGUCAUUACUGGUUAUCAAUUCGAGGGCAUCCCAUGGAUCAUCAUCCUCAUCAGACCAGUCAUUACUGGUUAUCAAUUCGAGGGCAUCCCAUGGAUCAUCAUCCUCAUCAGACCAGUCAGCCCUGGUUAUCAAUUCGAGGGCAUCCCAUGGAUCAUCAUCCUCAUCAGACCAGUCAUUACUGGUUAUCAAUUCGAGGGCAUCCCAUGGAUCAUCAUCCUCAUCAGACCAGUCAUUACUGGUUAUCAAUUCGAGGGCAUCCCAUGGAUCAUCAUCCUCAUCAGACCAGUCAUUACUGGUUAUCAAUUCGAGGGCUUCCCAUGGAUCAUCAUCCUCAUCAGACCAGUCAUUACUGGUUAUCAAUUCGAGGGCGUCCCAUGCAGCAUCAUCCUCAUCGGUGAUGGCGGUCACCGAUUCGGCGGAUGCCCAUGGAUCAUCACCCUCAUCAGACGAGUCAUCACGGGUCGUCACUUCAAGGAGUGCCAAUGGAACACCAGCCUCAUCAGACGAGUCAUUACGGGUCAUUGCUUCAAAGGCUGGCCAUGGAUCAUCAGCUUCAUCAGACGAGUCAUCACGGGUCGUCACUUCAAGGAGUGCCAAUGGAACACCAGCCUCAUCAGAUGAGUCAUCACGGGUCGUCACUUCAAGGAGUGCCAAUGGAACACCAGCCUCAUCAGACGAGUCAUUACGGGUCAUUGCUUCAAAGGCUGGCCAUGGAUCAUCAGCUUCAUCAGACGAGUCAUCACGGGUCGUCACUUCAAGGAGUGCCAUUGGAACACCAGCCUCAUCGGUGAUGGCGGUCACCAAUUCGGCGGGUGCCCAUGGAUCAUCAGCCUCCACGGACCAGUCAUCACGGGUCAUUGCUUCAAAGGCUGCCCAUGAAUCAUCAGCCUCAUCGGUGAUGGCGGUCACCAAUUCGGCGGGUGCCCAUGGAUCAUCAGCCUCCACGGACCAGUCAUCACGGGUCAUUGCUUCAAAGGCUGCCCAUGAAUCAUCAGCCUCAUCGGUGAUGGCGGUCACCAAUUCGGCGGGUGCCCAUGGAUCAUCAGCCUCCACGGACCAGUCAUCACGGGUCAUUGCUUCAAAGGCUGCCCAUGAAUCAUCAGCCUCGACCACAGCAGCAGAGGUCACCAAGUCUGGGGCUGCCCAUGAAUCAUCAGCCUCCACGGACCAGUCACCACGGGUCAUUGCUUCAAAGGCUGCCCAUGAAUCAUCAGCCUCGACCAUAGCAACGGAGGUCACCAAGUCUGGGGCUGCCCAUGAAUCAUCAACCUCCACUGACCAGUCAUCAUGGGUCGUCACUUCAAAGGCUGCCCAUGCAUCAGCCUCAUCGGUCGUGGCCAUCCCGUCAGUGGCCGCACGCGGUGCAGGGCUCACUGCCGGAUGGGCUCGCCACACCGCCUCCCGUUGCACCGGAGGCUGGUGAAGGCGGGCCCGUCGUCACAGAAGAGAGAGAAGUGGAGGCCGCUGAUGUUGUCCAGCAGCCAGGCCAGCGGCAUGGAAGAGGUGAAGACUGGCUUCCCAAGCGAGGCGCAUUGCACCCUGACGGCCGCGUUGCCGUCUUUCUUGCACAGCUUCGCCAAGGGCACACGCAGCUCACCCUCGGCGUGGCAGCCUUGAAUCCCUGCGACGCAAGACCAACCUUCCACGGGGAACUUGACGGAGGCGACCGUACGCCUCCUCUUCAGGCAGCAGGUGGAGUCCUUGCACGAGAGCUUGAUGGAGUCCACCAGGGAGGAGCCUCGCUCCAGAGUUACCCACACGUUGAAUUUCUGUCGAGAUGCAGAGUUUCCCAUCGUUGUUUCGAUGUGAUAUAAAAAAAUUAUCCGAGUAUUGAGGAAAUCGGUGUUCGGUAAUAAAAGGAGGUGCUAUGUCCAU